GCCCGCGCGCCCGCGGCUUUGUGUGGAGUCUGCCGGGGCCGGGAGGCGGGGCGGAGGAUCCCGGAGGCUUCCUAGGUUCUGGGAGGGAGCUUCUCCUGGACGCCCCGGGCCGCACACAAGCCCGGACGUGAAGGGUGACCGUGCUGCACGGGCGAGUCCCCGGGCAGGCCGAGAGGAGCUUGCAGGCCGCGCGUCUGUGAGGCUGCUGGGCCGGAGUCCCCCCAGACGAGGGGGAGCCACGCGUGACGGCUGCCCCGGCGGCCGGCUGGCCCCGGUCAUGUGAUCGAGCGAUUCCAGACGCCGUGGCCAACUGCCGCCCGGGUGCUGCGUGUUGUGCAUGGAUUAUUUCCUGUCUGGCUCUCACCUCGGCUCCAGGGGGUCUGGGUAAUGUUUGAUGCCCACUUUACGGAGCAGAUAGAGGCCCAAGGUGUCAUUUGUGCAAGAACGCACAGUAGGAAGUGGCGGACCCAGGAUGGGGGACCCUUGCAGUCUAGCCCCAGAGCUCCAACUCAUACCAGUGGAGAACUCCUGCAUCCUAAGUGACCAUCUUUCCACCAUAGAAAAGGACACAAAUGGAGAAGUUCUGUGGGUGUGGUGUUAUCCUUCCACGACAGCUACUUUAAGGAAUCUGCUGCUGAGAAAAUGCUGCCUUACAGAGGAAAACAAACUUCUCCAGCCCUUCGUCUUUGGUCAGUACAGAAGAACAUGGUUUUAUAUCACAACAGUUGAAGUUCCAGAUUCUUCCGUUUUGAAAAAGGUGACUCAUUUUUCUGUUGUUCUGACCGCCAAAGAUUUUAAUCCAGAGAAAUAUGCCGCCUUCACUAGGAUAUUGUGUAGAAUGUACCUGAAACACGGGAGCCCAGUUAAGAUAAUGGAGAGUUACAUCACGGUUCUCACCAAGGGGAUAUGCCAGAGUGAAGAAAAUGGCUCUUUCCUUAGCAAGGACUUCGAUGCCCGAAAGGCAUACCUUGCAGGCUCCAUCAAAGACAUUGUAUCUCAAUUUGGAAUGGAAACUGUUAUCUUACACACAGCGUUGAUGCUAAAGAAAAGAAUUGUCGUCUAUCACCCCAAAAUAGAAGCUGUCCAGGAGUUUACCAGGACUCUGCCUGCCCUGGUGUGGCAUCGACAGGACUGGACCAUACUUCACUCGUAUGUGCACCUGGACACUGAUGAGCUGGAGGCCCUGCAGAUGUGCCCAGGUUACGUCGCUGGAUUUGUAGACUUGGAGGUGAGCAGUAGAUCAGACCUGUAUGAUGUGUUUGUGAAUCUGGCAGAUAGUGAGAUUACCAUUGCCCCGCUUGCAAAAGAGGCCAUGACAAUGGGCAAACUGCAUAAAGAAAUCGGUCAGUUAAUUGUCCAGUCAGCAGAAGAUCCAGAGAAGUCAGACAGCCAAGUUAUACAGGAUAUUUCCCUAAAAACAAAAGAAAUCUUCACCAACCUGGCUCCAUUUUCAGAAGUUUCGGAUGAUGGAGAAAAGCGAGUGCUCAAUUAUGAGGCCCUAAAGCAAAGACGAUUUCCACCAGCUACAGAAAACUUCCUCUACCAUCUGGCAGCCGCGGAACAGAUGCUGAAAAUCUGAUGGCGGGACAGCAUGUAUCGCUGAUGACUGAUCAAAAGCCCUAGCAUCAUGAAUAUCCAUUAACUAUGUAAAAUACUGGAAAUAACAAAGAAAAUGUUAUAUUUUUAAUGAUUUAUUUGAAAGCAUUGCAAUUUGACCUGAAAAAGCACUGAAACACAUAUGAAAACACUUCUGAUUUCCUCCGAGCUGAUUACUGCCAUGCCUACUCUCAGUGUUUACAAAGUGCUGUAACCACCUAUGUAUAUGUUAUAAAACAGCCCAGUGCCCUGGAGUAAGAGCAGAACAGCUCUGUCAAGUUCUCCUGCAAAUCACAGCAAAUCCAAAAGCCUUCAUUCUUAUAAGUUACAAUUUGUCUCAUUGUGUAACCACAAACUAAUGGUUUAUUUUCAGAAAGCUGCCUGAAAUUUUGCUUUGUAUUCUUCUAGGAAGAAUUUUAAUUCCUCAUGAGGAACUCUACUUUCUGAGCCAGACUACUAAGUUUUCUGCAGAACCGUCUAGAAGAUCAUUCAAAAGACCCUGCAGUUGCACUUUCUUGUAAAAGAAAUUUUUUUUCUUAGCCUUUGAACAUUUUGCCUAUAUUAUGAGGGUUUUGCAUAAAUUUUGUACUUGCGUAGACAACUUUAAUAGCCCAUAUUUAUACUGUUGCAGAGGUAAGCAUCUGGCAAGGUAAGCCAUUAGUACUCUUUAAUUAACCCAGUUGCUAGCAAUAUUCUUUUGAAGAAGAUGCCAGUCCUUAUGUAGUAGAGUAAAAUAAGCAGCCCAUUUUGAGUAUAUAUGUCCCUCUGACUGAAACAGCAACCUUAUAUAAUUGGUGAGACAGUGUGAGAAUUAACUUCUUAUAAAGGGCAAAACCAGAGAAUGUCUUCAAGCAAUGUCAGUAAAAAUAAUUUGGCCACAUAUGAAGGUACCAUUCUUGUUUCGUUAGAUACCUUUUUCAUAAUUGGAGACUUAAAAUUGCAAAAUAAGCACAGGGUCUAAAUUAUGCUGUUAUAUGUAUUCAUAUUAAUUAUGAAAGGUUAUUUUUCACUCAGUACUGUUGUCCUUAGAAAUCUUACCCAGAAAAAAUGUUUGCAAAAAAACUUGUCUUUAAUGGAUCUUUCCUUUAUUCUUGGUUUUAGACAUUUGUUAGGGAAAAAAUUUUAACAAUAGUCCCUCCUUGGGUGGGGGCAGGGGAGGAUUUGAAGUAAGAUGAUGUUUACUGAGGCAAACAAUUGAAAAUUAAAUCUGCACUUUAUGAAAAUGAAUACUAACAUCUUUUCUGCCCUCAUUUUUCUGUAUUACUAUAUUAGCUAAUGAUCAAAGUUGUUAAAAUGACAAAUUUAUGAUACAGAAAUAAAAUGAAAUAUUUUGAUACUCA